AUGAAAGCCUUCUCAAAAAUGAGCAAGCUGAGAUUGCUCAAAAUCCACAACGUGGAGCUUUCUGAAGGACCUGACUAUCUUUCAAAUGAGUUACGAUUUCUCGAAUGGCAUGGUUACCCUUCCAAAUCAUUGCCAACUUUUUUCCAGGUGGAUAAUCUUGUUGAACUUGACAUGUCAUACAGUACUAUUGAGCAAUUAGGGCAUGGAUUUAAGAGAUCAAUUAACCUAAAAAUCAUCAAUCUCAGCCACUCAAUAAACCUGACCAACACUCCGGAUUUUACUGGAAUUCCAAAUCUCUCGAGUCUGAUUCUUGAAGGCUGUACAAGUUUGUUUGAGGUCCAUCCAUCACUUGGACAUCACAAGAAGCUUCAACUCGUGAAUCUUGUGGACUGCAAUAGUCUUAGGAUUCUCCCAAGCAACCUUGAAAUGGAAUCCCUAAAAGUUUGCAGGCUUGAUGGCUGCUUGAAACUUGAGAAGUUUCCAGAUAUAGUAGGAAACAUGAACUGCUUGAGGGAGCUUCGUUUGGACGGGACUGGGAUUGCAGAACUAUCUUCAUCAAUUCAUCAUUUGGUUGGGUUAGAAGUGCUGGAUUUAUGUGCUUGCAAUCUAGGAGAAGGGGCAGUUCCUGAAGAUAUUGGCUGCUUAUCUUUAUUGAGGUGUUUAGAUCUGAGCAGGAAUAACUUUGUUAGCCUGCCUAAAAGCCUAAAUCAGCUUUCUAGGUUGGAAAUACUUGCCUUGGAGGAUUGCAGGAUGCUUGAAUCAUUGGCUGAGGUUCCAUCAAAAGUUCAAACAGUAAAUUUGAAUGGUUGUAUACGCCUAAAAGAAGUACCAGAUCCAAUAAAGCUAAGCAGUUUGAAAAGAUCAGAGUUCAGCUGUCUUAACUGCUGGGAAUUAUACAAGCAUAAUGGUCAAGACAGCCUGGGAUUGACCAUGCUUGAGAGAUACCUCCAGGACUGGUCUAAUCCAAGACCUGGAUUUGGUGUUGUUGUUCCAGGAAAUGAAAUUCUAGGCAUGGGGUUUGAUCAUCAUAGUAAGGGAUCUUCAAUUAGUGUGCAAGUGCUUUCUAAAUAUUUGGAUUGUGAUGGUAGUGGGCCGAUGGGGUUUGCUGCAUGUGUUGCAUUCAGUGCAUACAAUGAAAGUUCUUCUCUCUUUUGUCAUUUUAAAGCCAAUGGAAGAGAGAAUCAUCCUUCGCCAAUGUGUAUAAGUUGCAACUCUAUCCAAGUUCUGUCAGAUCAUCUUUGGUUAUUCUAUCUUUCUUUUGAUUACCUUAAAGAGCUCAAAGAAUGGCAGCAUGAAUCCUUCAGCAACAUUGAGUUGUCGUUUCAUUCUAAUGAUCGAGUAGAGGUGAAGAAUUGUGGUGUCUCUUUGAUAUAUAGUCCAUCAUCACAAUCAUCUGCUGCCAGUUCAUCAUCACAAGCAUCUGCUGCCAAUUCAUCAUCACAAUCAUCUGCUGCCAGUUCAUCAUCACAAUCAUCUGCUGCCAGUUCAUCAUCACAAUCAUCUGCUGCCAAUUCAUCUGGAUUACAAUUGUGGAAAAGAUUUAUCAGUGGACUAGAUUUGGCUAACUUAGUGGUCAAUGCUGAUCUGCUCCAGCUUUCAUGUGGUGCCAUAAAGGAUCUACUCGCAGAAACCAAUCAAGAUAAACAAUUGUCCGAGACUCUGUCAGUAAGACACAAACUUGUUAGCCAAUCAAAUUGUACCAUCAUAGCUUUUGCCACUUCGCCUCUCUUUACAAAAGACCAUAUUUUACGAGUAGGAGAUCUGGUUUCAUCAUCAACUCUCAAGGAGCAGGAGUUUCCUCUCUUUGACUUCUUAUGCUCCAAAGGCAAUCCGUCCUUUUCCAUUCAUAGAGCUGCAAUAAACCUUUUUCAGGCCUAUUUUCAGGAGCUUUCUCAACUCAAAGCCCAGAUCCAUAAUUUGAAGACUGGUGAAUUACUUGUGAAAUCUCAGUUGAUUGUUACUGGACACUCUCUUGGAGGAUCAAUUGCUUAUCUCUUUACCUUAUGGUUGUUAGACAACAUCAAGCAAACAUCCAAAAUAAAUGAACUCCCCCUCUGCGUCACUUUUGGUUCACCACUUAUAGGCGACCAAGGCCUCCAACUUGCCAUCUCAAGACGUUUAAAAUGGAAUUAUUGCUUUCUACACGUUGCUGCCAACAAGGACCCACUUCCAAGAAUUUUCAUAACUUCACAAGCUAAUCCUCAGUACAUGCCUUUUGGUACGUAUUUCUUCUGUUCUGAGUCAGGAUGCAACUGUGUUGAUGAUCCUGAAGUGGCUUCAAGGUUGUUGAAAAACACAAUAAGUCAAGUUUCCACUGAAGAAAUGGGGAUUGAUGAUUAUAGCGGAAUAGGGAAGCAUCUGAAGUCGAGGCUUAUCAUGGGGGAAAAUUCACAACUUGCCCAACCAGUUACACCUCCAUUUCGGCAAGGGAUAAUUUUACAACUGAAAGCAGUUGGAGUUGAAAUAACAGCUCAGCAGCAGCAGAACAACAGCAUCAAUGAUCUUAUAUCCGAAUUGGAAAGGCACAUAAAUCGAAUGGCACUACAAAUGAAGGCUACUGACCCAAAAAGUCUAAACCAAGUAAAGAUAAAAAUGGCCUACCUAGAAUGGUACAAGAAAGACUGCAAGACUAAGGGGAUAGGCUACUAUGAUAGUUACAAGAACCUGUACUCUAUCAGCGACAGAGAGGUUACCAGGCACAAGAAAGUUCUCGUCAGUUACUGGAAAAAAUUGGUGGAGGAUGCUGAGCAAAAACCCCAGAAAGAAGGAGGGGAGACAUGGCUUUUUGCUGGAACAAAUUAUAGAAGAAUGGUUGAACCGCUUGACAUUGCUGAAUACUACAGACAGACAGGGAAACAAGACUAUAAAAAUAAUGGAAGAUCAAAACAUUAUAUUCUGCUUGAGAAAUGGCAAAAGGAGCAUACAGAAAAACUUGCAGGCCCGCCAAAUGAUAAGAAGAAACAAAGUGGCGCCAGUAGCCUUACGGAGGAUUCUUGCUUUUGGAUGAAUGUGGAGGAGGCUCUCAUUUCAUGCAAAUUGUUGAAGGAUGAAACGUCCAGUACUGCAGAUAAACAAUCAGCGAGAGAGUUUCUGAAUAUGUUUGAGCAAUAUGUGAUGGACCAAAUGAAUAACUAUGCGGUAUCCCCUGAAAUUUUCUUGGAGAGAAGCAGUUUUAUGAAAUGGUGGAAAGAUUUUCAGAACAUGAUAGAAACAUCCCAUGAUUCUCCUCUCAGUGACUUCAUGAAGAAUGGCAGAUAUUGCGAAUAUGAAAAAGGGAAGUUCUAG